AUGCUGAGCAAAUCGUGCGGUGCUUCAAGAAAGCUCAAGAGGUUGAGUUUGCGAUGCUCUUUCGUUGCGGAUGCAGGAGCUUUAUCGCUAAUCAAUGGUCUCAAAAACCACGUGAUAUUGAAUCUGGCACACUGUAUAUUCCCACACCUCAAUUUGCUGCUUGGUGACCUGGUUAUCAUGGACACGGUACCUAAUGACACUCUUGUACAAGCCGCCACUCAAAAGCUUGAUAAAUUCAUCAAAUGUUCAGUGGAUUGCAGCUUCUGCAAAGGUUGGACUGGUAGGUUUACUUUAUUAUCAAAAGGGCUUUUGGUAAUUGUAAGCAAGAGAAAGCUUCAGAUGAAGAGAAAGUGUAGGAUUUGGUUUCCUAAGCAAUUUGCAUCAACCGAUGAUUUGACUCAAUCUCUAUUGUUUGGGUGGUUCGUAUGCCAUUCCUCUUCUUGUCUCGACGUUGUUGUAGCCUUCCUCUCCGAGGAAAGCUCCUUCUCCAAUGGCGGAUCUAUGCGCCUCAAAGACCUACUUCAUGAAACAAACGAGAAGAUGCCUUCAUCUUUGCGAGAUAAGGCAACGUUUACGCUUCUUGGUCGUUAUGGUAUAUGCCUUAAUGCUAAUGGAAACUCAUCUAAGAUUACAAGUAAAGCCAGAGCUUGUGGUAGCUUGAGAUGUGGUUGUUGUCAUAAGGUCGAUGGCUUAUUAGAGGGUUUCAGGACUGAUUCUGUGAGCAGUCACUGGAUUCAUAUGGUGCACGAUUCUUCGGUUAUGGAAUUCGAUUCGAGUUUUAGGUUGCAUCAUAUACAUUGGAAUGGGGAGAUUGUGUCUCAGUGUGAUGUACACGUUAUACUCUAUGACACUCCGGUGUUUGGUUCUCACCAUUUCUCGUUAAGCUUUUGGAAUUUUUCUCCUCAGACAAAAGCUCCUCUUAAGAAACCCAAGUGGGUUGAUGAUCUUCACAAGAGGCAACCUUUGAAUGAAAUGGAAACUGUGAUUCUUUCCAUAAACUGCGCCUCGGCUGCAAAGAUUGCUUAUAAGAAGAUAUCGAUGCAGCUGGUGAAGUCUUCUCGGAAGUUCUCCAUUAGUUACUUGAUCUCUUCUUUGACGUGGUGGUUACUCGCCACAAUUUUAGGCUCUUUAUCAAGCCUAUAUUAUAGCUUUAUCCAGUUCUUCUACGUACUUCCAAGUUUUCAAAUUUUCUCAUGGGUACAUAUAGCAUCAAGGAGAGUACUCAAGAAUACAUGGAUUAACUUCAGAGUUCGCAGUUGUCAGAUCUUAUAUUGGCCAAUCUUCAUUCAAGAGAAUGACAUGACGUCCAUAUCUUGUGUAGAACAUGCAGAGAAAGCUGCACUGCAAAGACAUUCUACGUGGUCGGCCAUGGCUGUUGAUCUUGUUUUGGGGAACUUGAUUGGUCUAGGUCUAUUGUUUAACAUCGGAUCUGUCUGCUCGUGGAUAUUCAAAUUUGCAAAGGGGUUUACGAAUGAUAUUCUGCGAUCCGGUUGUGUGUGGCUGAUGGGAGUCCCAGCAGGUUUUAAGUUAAACACAGAAUUGGCUGGAGUUUUAGGCAUGGUAUCUCUUAAUGUAAUCCAGAUAUGGUCUACUCUCUGGUUCUUCAUGGCUUCUUUCAUAUUUUAUUUGAUAAGAGCAAUUGCCAUAUUGGGAAUUACUUUUGGUGCAACAGUGUCUGCUGCAUUUGUCAUAGAUGUAAUUACUUUUGCAACACUUCAUAUAACGGCUCUUCAUUGGGCAAUCACACUUGUGUACUCUCACCAAAUUCAAGCCUUAGCAGCUUUGUGGAGGCUUUUCAGAGGGCGAAAAUUGAAUCCUCUACGUCAAAGAUUGGACAGCUAUGGUUACACUGUGAAGCAACAUGUAGUGGGAUCUCUUCUGUUCACUCCACUGCUGCUUCUCUUGCCAACAACCUCAGUUUUCUACAUCUUUUUUACCAUUACGAGCACGACAAUCAACUCCAUAUGUAUGCUGAUUGAAUUCGCCAUCUCUGUCAUCCAUGCAACACCAUAUGCCGAGAUUAUGAUUUGGCUUGUCAGGCGUAAAAGAUUCCCUUCUGGUGUGUGGUUUGAAAUUGAAUACAGUGGAGAUAAUGUCCUCAAUUCUUUGAAUGAUGGUUUUGAAGACAGAAGCAGUACAGUAUCCAAAAGUCUACGAGAAGAACAUGUUAUUCCUGAGAAGAAAUCAUCUCUAAUGGUUUCCAAUCUCCGCAGCAAUUUUCUAAGCAUGGGACAGAUUCUUUUACCGCAUUAUACAACAAUAUUUUCAGGAAUAUCAGCUUCUUCUCUGAUUACAUCAGCUCGCGGAGUCCUCAGUGGUAAAAGAAUGCCAUCAAAACUGGGCCUUGAUCUCCCUCCUCCAAGGCCAUGGAGGCAUAUUCCAUUGAGAGAGUACUGGAUAUUAUGCCGUAAUUCAAUCAUCUCAUCCGCGGAAAAUGGUGAAUUCUCCAAUUGA